UCCAUUGGACCAAUUCUACUACGUUUACGAAAAGUCCCAAAAUAAAGAGAUCAAAACUUAAUUUUGUAUUUUUUUUCUUGCUUUUUAUGUUGUUACUUUGAGAAAGCAAUGUUUUGGAAUGGCACAGUUGUGUUGUUGUCUCAAAACAAUGUGAAAUUUGGAAAGAAUACGAUUGUUUCUUCACAUUGAAGGUUGUUGUUACCUUUCUUUCUCACCUCACAGACGAAUUCUCCCCUUGAUAGAAACUUCUUGGAAUUAUCAAUUAAUGCUUUAAAAUCAGCACCCGCACAAUUUUUCUUCCAGAAUCUGAAGCAAAAACAAAAACCCGGAGAAAUUAUGGAAUCAGGAGGAGAAAAAAGAAGGGUGGUGGUUGUUGGAGGUGGGAUUGCCGGCUCUCUCCUUGCAAAGUCUAUCCAAUUCAAUGCAGAUGUCACCCUUAUCGACCCGAAGGAGUAUCUAGAGAUUACAUGGGCAAACUUGAGGAACAUGGUGGAGCCAUCAUUUGCCGAGAGAUCAGUGAUAAACCAUAGAGAUUACCUUACUAAUGGUCGUGUCGUUACAUCUGCUGCGAUAAAUAUCACUGACACUGAAGUAUUGACCGAAGAUGGCUUUCUUAUUGCUUAUGAUUAUCUUGUUAUUGCCACUGGACACAAGGAUCCUGUUCCCACAACUAAGAUGGACAGACUUAAUCAAUACCAAGCAGAAAAUCAAAAGAUACAAUCUGCCCAUUCUAUUUUGAUUGUUGGAGGAGGUCCAACUGGUGUUGAACUUGCGGGAGAAAUUGCCACCGACUUUCCAGAGAAGAAGGUUACUCUGGUUCACAAGGGAUCAAGGUUGCUGGAGUUCAUUGGCGCAAAGGCUUCUGAUAAGACUUUAAGUUGGCUGAGAUCGAGGAAAGUUGAAGUAAAAUUGGAGCAAGCAGUUGACUUGAAUUCCACUUCAGAUGACAGCCAAGUAUAUCAAACCUCAACUGGAGAAAGCAUCAAAGUGGAUUGCCAUUUCCUUUGUGUAGGGAAACCAUUGGCUUCAGCGUGGCUUAAUGAGACUACAUUGAAGACUAACUUGGAUAAAAAGGGAAGGCUGAUGGUUGAUGAGUAUUUGAGAGUCAAGGGUCGCAGUAAUAUAUUUGCAAUUGGAGAUAUCACUGAUAUUCCUGAACUCAAACAAGGUUAUUUAGCUCAAAGACAUGCCUUGGUGGUUGCUAAAAACUUGAAGCUGUUGAUGGCUGGAGGAAAAGAAAGCAAAAUGUCCAAAUAUGGGCCUGGUUCAGAAAUUGCCUUGGUUUCGCUUGGAAGGAAAGCUGCUGUUGCCCAAUUUCCUUUUACAACCAUCAGUGGAUUUGUUCCUGGCUUGCUCAAAUCCAGAGACUUGUUUGUGGGCAGAACAAGAAAGCAGAUGGGCUUACAACCUUAAGGGUCCAUUUGGAUCCCUAGUUGGCUGUGGUGUGGUGCGGUUGGCACCUUCAAUCUCGCUGUAAUUUCAUUUGGAUUACUUGACUGUGGUGUAGUGAAGCUGUUUUCAUCGCGCUGGUGCUUCAAUUUCUCACUGGAGCUCAAAGGUCCUGUGAAGAUUUUGAAUC